AAACGAAUCUCAAAGCAUAAUCAACCAUCAAAGUUAAACUCACCGGGAGGUAACGUUUCCUCAGAGCCAUCACCACCUGUGAAACUCCACCAUCGUCGUCCACGACGCCUCCGACGAUGCCGGUGAUCUCCUCCGCCUCCGCGGCCACAGCCCGCCGCCGUCUCUUCCUCCUCGUCACCCUCGCCGCCAUCUCUCUCCUCUACCUACUCCUUUCCCCCUCUUUCCCCCUUCCACUCAUCGCCUUCACCACUCCGCCGCCGCAUUCGCCGACGACUCUCCGCCACCUCCUCUUCGGCAUCGCCUCCUCCUCCAAAUCCCUCCCUCGCCGUCUUCCCUACCUCCGACUCUGGUACCACCCUUCUCAGAUCAACGCCAUCGUCUUCCUCGACACGCCACCACCCUCAUUCCAACCCUCCCCUUCCGACCCCCCCAUCGCCAUCUCCUCCGACUCCUCCCGCUUCCCCUACACCUUCCCGGGCGGUCUCCGCUCCGCCACUCGCGUCGCCCGCAUCGCCAAAGAGCUCGUCGAUCGAAACCUCCCCGACAUCCACUGGAUCGUGCUCGGCGACGACGACACCGUCUUCUUCCCCCAAAACCUCCUCUCGACGCUGAACAAGUACGAUUGGACCAAAUGGUACUACGUCGGAGCGAGGUCGGAGAGCGUCUGGCAAAACUCGAAGCACUGGUUCGGCAUGGCGUUCGGUGGCGGAGGCUUCGCCAUUAGCUAUCCGCUCGCUAGAGCACUCGCGAAGGUUCUGGAUUCUUGCUUGAAUAGGUAUGGCCAUUUGUAUGGAAGUGAUGAUAGGGUUUACGCUUGCUUGGUGGAGCUUGGGAUUGAACUUUCCUUUGAACCAGGAUUUCAUCAGGUUGACCUUCGGGGAAAUCUAUUCGGGUUAUUAUCUGCGCAUCCUUUGACUCCCUUGGUAUCACUUCAUCAUGUCGAUGCCAUUGAUCCGAUCUUCCCUAGCAUGAAUCGGUCCGAGGCCUUAAAACACUUAUUUGAAGCUGUGAAGGUUGAUUCAGGCAGGGUUUUGCAGCAAACUGUCUGUUAUGAUCAAUUGAAAAAACACACUAUUUCUGUUUCAUGGGGUUAUGCAAUUCAGGUUUUCCAAGGCAAUCAACAUCUUCCAGACAUCCUCUCAAUGCAACAAACUUUUACACCAUGGAAGAGAAAUCGAAAUCCUGCUUCGAGUUUGUAUAUGUUCAACACACGAGAACCACCCAAAGACGCAUGUAAAAGACCGGCCGUCUUCUUUCUCCAAAGUGUGUCACCUGAAAUCGGAACGAUCGAGAGCAAUUACAGUCGAUCUUCCCCCAUUGACAAGAACUGCUCUCAAAGCAUGAGUUCAUUGCAACAAAUAAGAGUUUCUUCUCAGAAACUAAAUACAGAGAGUCUACAGGGUCUAAGACGACAUUGCUGUGAUGUUUUUUUACAUUCAUCGGCGAAAAUUAUGGACAUAAAAAUCAGGAAAUGUGAGGAUGACGAGUUAAUUGCCAUGACCUUAUGAUUAGAAAUUGUACAGCAUAACAAUACAUUUUAUAGACGUUAUUGCAGUCAGUGACUAAAUACAGUGUAAGGCACAUGAUAGUUCAAUUCAUAUGAGUGAUUAUCAUAAAUUUUUCAAUACAAAGUAAGGCACAUGACAGUUUAAUUCAUUCUCUGAUGCAAUCUUGUAUUAUUAUUAUUAU